GACUCUUCAAACCUUAUUCUGGCCGACCUGCUCCGGGGCAGCUCAGCACCUCAGCCGUCUUUGUUCACUCAAUUGUCUCUUUUUCUAUUUGUUUAAGUCGCAGAAAAGUCGCAGACAAAAUGCAGGUUAUGCCGGCUUGUAGGAGCCUGUCUCUACUCACGAGCCAUGGCUGCCGAGCAAGCGUGUCCGCGCUGCGAAGCACCGUCAGACACAACUCCACCAAAACCACUCCUCCGCUGUUCACCACCACGACCACCCCCGACGGCAAAGAACAGAAGCUGCUCAACAUAUUCGGCAAAACGUACCUCGCCGACGACUUCACAAACAUCUCCCCCUCAAUUGCAGAGCGCACUUCGCGGAGACUACUCCACGAGCCCGCGAACCCGCUCUCCAUCAUUAAGAAACUGAUCGAGUCAAACUUCCCCGCGGACGAGUACACUGUCUACGACCCACCCGAGCCCGCGGUCUCCGUCUACGAGAACUUCGACUCGCUCAACUUCACGCCCGACCACCCCGGCCGCAGCAAAAGCGACAGCUAUUAUCUCAACUCCGACACCAUCAUGCGAACACAUACCUCCGCGCACCAGGGCCACUGCUUCCGCACGAUCCCCACCCCGGGCUUCUUGAUCUCCGCCGACGUCUACCGCCGCGACGAAAUCGACCGGACGCACUACCCUGUCUUUCACCAGAUGGAAGGCGCGCGCGCGUGGAACCGCGACGACUUUGCAUCGGAAGCAGACCUGAUUGCAAAGAUCAACAGCGAUACCCUCAAGAUCCCCAGCCCUGGCCUGCAAAUCCUCGACAGCGACAAGCAGUUCGACAAGUCCGAGAACCCAAAACAACCUGGCAUGUCACCCGAGCUCUGCAUCGCGCUUUCGAACCACCUCAAACGCACGCUCGAGAUGGUCGUCGGCGGCAUCUUCUCGUCAAUCAGAGAAAUGGACCCCGCGUCCGCAAACAAAGACCAAGUCCAGAUCCGCUGGAUCAACGCUUACUUCCCCUUCACCGCUCCUAGCUGGGAAAUGGAAGUCUACUGGGACGGCGACUGGCUCGAACUAUUCGGCAGCGGCGUGACUGAAGCUCCGGUCUUUGACAUGGCGCAGGUGCCAAACCACGUAGGCUGGGCCUUUGGCCUCGGCCUCGAACGUCUCGCCAUGCUUCUCUUUGGUAUCCCAGACAUCCGUCUGUUUUGGUCCACUGACGAACGGUUUCUCGGCCAGUUUAGCGAGGGGAAAAUUAACCGGUUCCAGAAGUUUUCGAAAUACCCUAGCGCGCAUAGAGAUAUCGCGUUCUGGUUGAAGGAUGGAUCUGCGCCUGAGGACUUUCACGAUAACGAUUUCAUGGAUAUCGUCCGCGAUCAUGCUGCGGAUCUUGUCGAGGACGUAAAGCUAAUUGAUAAAUUCACACACCCCAAAUCCGGCCGCCACAGUUUAUGCUACAGAGUCGUCUACCAAUCCAUGGAACGAACCCUGCAAAGCGACGAAAUUAACGCGCUUCAGGAGACAAUCAGAUCUGAGGUUGCUCAGAAAUUCGGCGUCCAGCUUCGAUAAUCUAUUUUCGAAUCUCUUGUAAAUAUAACAGCAUACACGCAUCUACAUAAUAAUUCUCUACGACUCUAUAUGUUCAAAUAAUAGA